AUGGAGGUCGAUCGUACGCUGUCCGUACGAUCGGCUGUGAAAUUCUCGGAGCACGUUGUAACAACGAGUAAGUUACUUCACAGAGACCCUCCGGCGUCGUCGAUUAAGCAGAGAAUCGUUAGAAUCACGCUAACUGAUCCCUAUGCUACCGAUUCCUCCAGUGAAGACGAAGAACGAGUCGUUAAGAGAGUGAAGAAGCACGUUUCUGUAAUCGAAUUUAGCACGCCUUCUCUGAAAUUCAAUAAAAGGAGUAGCGGAUCUACAGAGAAGAAGUUCAGAGGUGUUCGUCGGAGGCCGUGGGGCCGAUGGGCGGCGGAGAUCCGUGAUCCGAAUAGGAGGAAACGAGUUUGGCUAGGGACGUUUGAUUCACCUGAAGAAGCUGCGACGGUGUACGAUGAUGCUGCCGUUAAAUUGAAAGGUCCCGCCGCCGUUACGAACUUUCCUCGUGUCACCGUUACAAAAACCGUCUCCGUCGAUAAACAAAGCUUAACGACGACGACGACCACCACCAGUAGUAGCGGCAGCGAAGGAGUGUUGAACAACACCGCUAUGUCACCGACGUCCGUGCUCCGGGGUAAACGCCGAGCAAACGCCGUUUGA